UUAAUAAAUAAUUAUAAUACAUAAAGAGAAUUCUCUUAGAAUUCUGAGAGGUAGAAAUAGGAUCUUUAUAUAAAUAAUAUUGAAACAUUUAAUGUGUUAAUUAUUUAUUAACAAUAUUGUUAAUAUAAAUAUAUUAUAUAUGUAACUACGUUGUAUAUUAAACGGUAUAUUUUGGUAUAAAUUGUAAAAAUGGCAAAAGGUCAUAAACAUUUGAAACAUCUAAAAUCAGAGAAGGCUAAAGUGAAAUUAAAAACAAAGAAAAAUAAACUGUUACCAAAAGGAUUAAAUGUAACAGAUACAUCGUUUAAAGUUAAAAAAAUCGUCAUACGUGAACAGUUCAGACAAUAUAAUGAAGCUGAAAUUAUUAGUAAACGAAAGCUUAAUAUUAAGGAUUUAUUAACCCGACUUCAUCAUCAUAAUUCUACUGUUCGUCAAGAAGCGGUGAAAGAACUCAAAGACAUUCUAUUACAACAUCCUUCAGAUAUGUUAAAUUCUCAAUUGCAACCAUUGUUAAAAGGAAUUUCUGCUUUAUCUCUCGAUAAAGAAAAAAAUAUAAGAAGAGAUUCCUUCAGAGUGUUAAAUCUUAUUUUGAGUCCUAUUUCUACUAAACGACUAACACCCUUUUGUGAUGUUUUAAUUUCAUAUUUAAACUGUGCAAUGACACAUAUAGAUCCAAAUAUUAAAGAAGAUUCUUUAUUAUUUUUAGACAUAUUAGUACAAAACUGUAAUAGUAUCAUUGCAAAAAACAGUCAUAAAGUAUUACCAAACUUUUUGAACAUGAUUUCUAGAAUACACACUGAAAUAAAACCAGGAAGGCAAUUAACAACAACAUUGAAUUCGAAAAAUACUAGUGUCAAAUGGAGAAUUAAAGUUUUAGAACGUCUUGGAAACAUGUUGGGAUCUGUUAUAAGUUACAAAAAAACACAAAAUUAUAUGCCAUCUGAAAAAUUAAUAUACGUAGAUGGAAAAACCAAAUAUAUUCCGCUUUACACGCAAGUUGAUGUACAAGAUUGUCAAAUAGAUUUGCAAAGUAUUGUUAGCUUGGAAAAUAUUACCGAUGAAAAAAGUCGAGAUACAAAUGAACUCAUGAAAUAUAUAAGUGUAUUAAUGCCUUUGAUGCUUGAUAGCUGGAUUGAAGUAUGUCCAGAAGAAAAAAAUGGUCAUACUUCUGAAACUGUUAUUACUUACGAAGCAUCUAUUUUAUUAAAACAUAUUGUAGUAAUUAUACAAUUAAUCAUUGAAUAUAUUGAUAUAUUAAACGAUGAAGAUACCAAAAUGUGGUUUAAAAAUUCUUUUCAAAGUAUUUACAUUAAGAACUUGUUCUCCGAAUUUCCAUAUAGUAGAAAAAACACUGUUGAAACGUUAAGAAAACGGCAAAGAGAUUUCUCUGCUUCAGAAAUGAUUGAUAAAUGUUUGGAACAAAAUUUGGGCAUUUGUCAAAUUUAUGCUUGGUUUUCAUCUGUUAAUUUAAGUUAUAAUAUCACAGAUAAACUGGACAAGGCAUCCUGUAAAUACGUUAUGGAUUAUUUAAACGAAAUAAUUAAUGGUUGGUCCGAUAUUAAUAAUUUCGCAUUGACACAAUUAAAUAAACUUUUGAGAACCCUAUUUUUCAAAGCAAGUCAGAUAUGGUACAUCAAUCAAAUGACAAUGAAACCUAUAUUUCAAGCAAUGAUAAAUGCUAAUUCUUGCCAAUCAAAGAAAGAAUUACACGUACUAUUACCUAAUAUAAUUAUUGAUAUUAUGUUAGAGUAUACGUUAACUAAAUUGCAAAGCGAAAGUAUAUUGAAGGAUUUUCUAUCAAUUUCACCAUUGCUUCUUUUACAUUCUUCCAUACACGAAAAUAUGAUACAAAUGAUUAAUCGGGCUGUACUUUGUCAUAAGGAAUGGAUGCAUGAUGUACUUGUAAAAAACCAGGAUGCUAUUAUUGUACUCAUGUUCACGAAUAUGGAACAAAAUUCUCAUUGUAACAAUCAAGAUCGUUUGCAUUCAGGAUUAAGACACGAUACUAUUAUUCGUGGACAAUCUACUGCUACUGCUGCUACUACAAUAAAUAAAAUUAAUUCUCAACAAUCAACUAAAAGAUUGGCUUCAGGUAAGAUAUAUUGUUUCGCGAAAAUUCUUUCCUUGAAAUACAUCUUUUAUCCAUGAUUACACGUUGAUUAAUAAUCG